AUGGAAGGUGAAGGCAAGGAAUUUGCGGUUUAUUUUGAGGAUGAAAAUUUGCUGAGAUUGCAAGUUUCGCGUUCGCACUCCCCAACAAUGGAUACGGAACUGUUUCGUGUUAUAUCGCCGCUUCACACUCAGCCAACGGAUGCAGCAUCAGAAAUGGAGCUUCCUAAUUCAGUAAAGGUUCAAGGUUCGCUGAAUAUGGGAGCAAAAUCGAUGGUCAGUGAUGCUGAAGCGCUAGGAGUAGGCGAAAGGAGAAAAAUUCCAACGGAUAAAGGUAAACAACACGAGUUACAAAGGUUAAAGGAUCAUAGAACUGUGGCGUUACGUCACGUAACUAGACAGAUAAACAAAAUGAAACCGCUACUUGCUGAUCUUAACAAUUAUGAAUUUGUGUCAGUUGAAAUGGAAGGUCUUAACAAUUUGCUUGUUAAACUGCAAGAUACUCAGGAUACUUAUGUUGACGCGUUAGAAGAUAAAACUGUUAUUGUUAAUGCCAAUUCAUGGUACGAUGCUCACGAUGGAGAUGUCUUUAAAUUUAAACAGUCCGUCAUUGAAUAUUUGUCCAAGGCGAAAAGGCACCAGUCAAAUGAAGUAAACUCUGUUAUCUCUAGUGGGUCUCAUCGCACAAGAAAGUCAAAUCACUCUAAACGGUCCACCUCAUAG